AUGUUUAUCAAGCCAUUCAAAAUCAAGUCUAAUUAUCAGCUGAAAGGAACUGAAAGAAAAAAAUUAUGCGAGGAGGUAUUGGCGGUAUAUCCGAGCUUGUUGGAAGAUAUUCAAUCGCUGUUGCCUAAAAAGGAAUCCAUCAGCCUUAUGAAAAUAGUAACACAUAGUGGACAGAUAGGCAGAAUAUACUGCGUCGCUAAGAUACCCAUGUUUUUUCAAUUAGAUUCAUAUAAUCUGUUAUUUCCCACGAUUUAUACGUUAUGGCACCAUCCAUAUUUAAUAAACACUUUUACUAUGCAUUCAGCAAUUUUAUCCAAAUUAGCGGGUGGUGCAGAUCUCAUGUUACCUGGACUGGUUCUCAAGGAGCCAAUAACAUUGUAUACUUUUGGUAAAUUACCAAAAGGUUCUCCAGUAUCGAUUAACACUGAAGAAAACAAGGCCACAGUUGCUGUAGGUAUCACUGCGCUUUCCGGUGAAGAUAUGUAUAUGGCUGCUGGACAUGGGAAAUGCGUAGAAGUUUUUCAUGUUAUUGGGGAUAUGCUUUGUCAAUUAGGCAAGCCACCUCUAAAGCCUGAUUUGGGACCACCAAACGACAAUCUCACGAGUAUAUCAGGAAAUGCCGAAUCGAAUAAUCAACAGACAAUCGUGGAUCAAACCGAAAUACUGCCGGUUAAAUUGGAGCAGCUUGAUAUCGGCGAGGACUCAAAGGAUGUCACUGAAGAUGAAACUAUUUCUAAGGAAUAUUUGGAAGAAACAGAAAACAUAGAAAUGGAAAAUGUACAAAGUUCACAUACAAUCGAAUCGGAAGUAGUAGAUCCAGUUCAAGAGAUGGAUCAAUUACUGGAAUAUUGCUUCUUGAAAGCGUGCAAAACAACGGUAAAGUCUAGCGAGCUGCCAAUGCUGUCGUCCAAUUUCUUUAAAAAUCAUUUAUUGGUUGCCUGUCCGCCGGGUAAAAAUGUCGAUGUGAGAAAAUCUCGAUACAAAAAAUUAUCGAUUUUUCUGGCGGAAAUGAAAGCCAAAGGAAUAAUCAAUACAUCUAUCACGAAAGGUGUCGAGAGCUUGUUGUCGAUCAAGUUCGAUCAUCCGCUUGUGAAGCAAUUGAUCGUUAACGAAGAACCGGUUGUGGCCGAACCAGUGGUUUCGAAUAGCGCCGUCGUAUCGGAAUGUUAUAGAGUGACCGCCGACGUUCUGCCAAUUCUGUCGAAAUUUGGCUACGAAAAGGGCGAUGUGAUGAAAAGAGCUGACAUCAGAAAAUGUUUUAUCGAAUAUGUGAAAGUGGAGGAUCUGCAGAACGGAAAAACGUUAAAGCUGAAUCCGCAACUAGCAGGUAUCAUGCGAACCAAGGCUCAUCAGGAGACAGUGACGAUGGAGGAUGGAAUAAAUAAGUUCAUCGGACGUAUGACGCACAUGCACGAGGUCACUCUAGCGGGGAAUACUUUGUUGCACACGGGAAAACUGGAACCGAUCGACAUGAGGGUGACGGUGCGAUCAGGCGGGAAAAAGGUGACAUUGGUAAACAAUCUGGAAACAUUUGGAAUCAAUUUGAAAGAAUUCAGUAAAGAAUGCCAGAACAUUGGAGCGAGCGCGACAAUUAUCGAUGAUCCUGGCAAAAAGACGCCUAGUGUUCUUGUUCAGGGAAACCAAAUUUUAUAUGUAUACAAAUUACUCACAGAGAAAUAUCAAAUUAAAAAGAAUUAUAUAAGAGGUUUAGAAUUCGCUCCAAAAAAGAAAAAAUAAUAUCUUUGUUUAAAUAAAAAAUACUCUUAUAACUUUUGUAAAUAUAAAUCAGGCUGUUCUCUUUUUUAAUGUUUCGCGCAGAGAUGACAAACGCGUGAUACUCGUGCUCUUUAUGUUUACAAUUGUUCAAUGAUCAAUAAGUUAUUCUUGAUUUUUUGACCGAGAUUUUCUCAUAAAUAUGAAUAUUUAAUUUUGAUGAAAUAAUUUUAAUCAAAGCUUACAGAAAGUCGUUGCCACUAUAAUAUAUCGCGGAAACAUUUUCUAAGAAAUAUUAAGGCAAUUAGAGACUUGACGAUAUUUAUCGUUCUAACAGAAAGACGCACGUUAUAAUAAGUAAUUAUUAAAUAAAAGAAACUUGCAGAUAG